UAUAGUAUUGAGUCAUAGUAAAGCCUUCAAAUUGCGCGCUUUCAUAAUCAAAUUAGGCUGAAAAAAUCAGAUUUUACAGCUCAGCUUGUCGAUUUCCUUACAGUCUGAAAACUAACUGCGUACUAUGAACUACAUCGUGCUGAUCUGCAUUUUUGCAUACAUUUGCGUCUGGCGAUUCGCCGAAGCUGCUCCAUUCAUAAGCAUUCAGUCCAGUUCAAGAACAAAGUCUCAGAAAAUGAUGGACGGCUUAUUGAAAACUCUGUACGACUACAACAUACAGGACAAUGUGGACGAUGCCAAUGGACAAUUGGUUCACAGCCGGAUGGCCGAUUUCAAAUCGGAUAUUUUGAGCCCGGAGGAUCAACAGAAUAUUCGCGAUCAGAUGGUCAUCUUCUAGAAACUCAGUCUUUUUCUUGUUUACCUUAUAAUAAAACAUAUUAGCAAGGAAAGUAUUUAAAUAAAACAAUAACCCAGAUAUUUGACAAUAAAAGUUUAUGGAAAGACCCUCUUCGAGGAAAAUUUA